GCGCGGAAUCCACACCAGUCCGUUUCCCCGCGCGACCGACGCUGCUCCCAAAAUCUGGACCCAGUUUAUUUUUACCCGGAUCAUGAUCGAUUCUGUGUGAAGUGAAGUGCCUAUCACAUAUACACAAACACACACACAACACACAUACACAAUGCCUAUUGGUAACGUGAGCAAGGAGUCCACACCGAAGCGGGAGACCUUCAGGCCUCCGUGGGUGAAGGACAAGGACGCUGAGAAACCUCCAGAAUGGACCCUGGGUCGAAGACUGAAACCAGUGGAGACCAGUGCGAAACCCAGUGAUAAUAGUGAACCAGCGCCGAUCACUACGACCUUGAAACCUGUUUUGAAGAAGCAAUCGACCAUCAGAGACAAGGGUGAAAACGGCAUAGACGAACCCGCAGAUGACAAGCUUGUCAAGCCUUCCGCGGCCAAGUUAGCAGACAAGUCGGCUCGAGCCGGGGAUGAGAAGCCCAGAUUCACAAGACCUACACCCAAAACACCAGCGAAACCAGAAGAAAAACAAACUAAUGAUAAAGCUCCUUUAAAAACUGUAAAAACAAUAGACGAUAAGUCAAACACUACAAAUAGUAUAAACAAAAAGCCAGUAGAUAGAAAUGAAAAGUUAAAUAUUACUCCUAAUGGUAAGAACGUUCAAGAUACAAAAAAACCUGUAGCAAGUAAAGAAGACAAGGGCGAAGACACAAAAAUGGAUACGAAACCUCCCGCUGCAGCAGAUAAGGGUCCAUCGAAGCUUCCACCACGCAAGCCCUCUUUACAAAAAGCUCCAUCGAAAGACGAUGUAGCGCUAAAGAAAUGGAGAGACCCACUUCACGAACGUGUCAAAGAAAACAUCGACAAGACAUUGAACAAUGAAAUUCCUAAAGGACACACUCUAACGAAGAACGAAAGCUUAAGAAAUUUGCUAAAACCAGCACCUCCACCGAUGCCUCCGCCACCACCACCAAAGUUACCACCACCGCCCGAAUUCAAGAAAUCUCCACUAGAUCCAGACAAACUUAAGAAGAUCGAACAAUUACGCAGUAGACCUCGGAGAAGGCCAGACUGGAGUGACAUGAUGAAGGAGGUCGAGCAAGGCAGGAAACUUAAGCAUGUCGUAUGCAACGAUCGGUCCCAGCCUAUCAUUACGCGAUCAGUAGUCGUCAAAAACAAAGGACAAUUUAUAUUCGAGUCAGAAGCGCCAAACUCACACAAUGAACUCUUGAAAGAAAUAAACAAAGGAGUUAAAUUAAAGAGAGUGAAAACAAAUGAUAGAAGUAAACCUAAUUUGGAAGGCUUGAGAAAGUUCAGAAGACAAAUGACGAUAGAAGAGCAAGUUCAAAAGUCAAUGUCACAAGCUAAUCUAGCCGCAUCACCUUCUGGAACCAAUAUAGCUGAGGGACCAAUUCCAGCAGCACCUGAAGAAGAUGACAUUGAUGAGAUGGAUGACAUUGACAAAGUUCGUGACGAUCUUCAGUCCACCAAACAACUUUUAGCUAUUGAAUUAAGAAAUAAAGAGGCACAGGAAAGAGAACAUAAACGAUUAUUAACGAGGAUACAAAACUUAGAAGCAGAGUUAGCAAGGGAGAGAGCAAUUAUUAAACAAGAACAACACAAAACAGUAAUUUCAGUCACUGAUGCUUACGACGAAAGAUUAGUAACUAACCUUAAAAUGGAAGUAGAGAAAGCUAAAGAAACGGCUGAUAAUAUAGAAAAACAAUAUUUAGAAGCUGCAGAAGAAAGAGAUACAGCACAGUCAGAGCUAGAAGAAGUAAAGAGAAGAAAUGCCGAAUUAGAAAAGAAAUUAGAACAAGCUCUUGCGAAUAAAUUCGAAGAGCUUUUACAAUCAGAGGAACCUUUGUCUUUCUAUCAAAAGAACCAACUAGAUUUCUUGAAGCAGUGUAGGUUACUUAACAUUGAUGUAAAUUCGCCAGAAGCUGAAAAAUUAAAAUUGAGUUCGUUUGAUGCUAAUAACAACAAUUUAUAUAAUGCUGCUUUUACUAACAAUAGCUACGAUGAGGGAAUUAUUCCAUCAAACGUUGGGUCGAGACGAUCCAGCCAUGCCAUUCGGCAGUUGUCUGUUACUAAAGACAACAGCUUUGAGGAGGAGGAAGAAUCAGAAGAAGAAGAGGAGGAAAGCGAAGAAAAGAAACAGAAGCGUAUGGAGAAGGAAAUUCGCAAUAUUAGGAAUAAGAUUCGACACCUCAAAGAGAAGCAGGAAAAUAUGAAGAAAGAGAGAAUGGCAUACAAGAUGUCACUGAAGAAUCAACAAGCCUGUCUAAAAGACGAGAAGAAGAAAUAUAAAGAACUCAAGAGAGAAGUCGACAAGAUGGCUGCUAUGAUGAAGGAAGUUGGCUCCGAAGAUGAAGAAGAAGAGGAGGAGGAGGAAGAAGAAUCUGAAGAAGAGAAGAAGAGUGAGACCGAAGAAGAGACUGAGACUGAAACAGAACAAGACACGGAGAGUGAGACGGAGAGUGAAAGUGAACCUGAGGACGCACCUCUCCCAAAGAAGAAAGAAAAUCUCUCGAAACGUCUGAAGAGACAUGAAACUAGAGUCAACGCUUUGAAGAAAGGCAACACUCUACUCAUGGCUAAUGUGGAUCGUCUCAAGGACGACGUGCUGAAACAGAAGGAGGAAUCUAUGUCCUUACAGAAAGAAUUAGAUUCACUUAUUGACGAUCUUGAAUAACUCAUUUAAUUUGACGAUUUCUCAUUUAAUUACGUCACAAAAAUGAUAAUGUUAUUAUUAAAUU